UACAGGUUUGGAACGUCAUGGGGGUAAGGGAUUAAGGACAAAAUGUUAAUUUUGGGGUGGAGUAACCCUUUAAGAUGCUAGUUUAUGAUUGUAAUGCCACCGAGUACCUCUUUAUUAAUACGCUGAACCAAAUACUGAGUCGUGCCUUAAUUUUUAUUUACUCCCUAAUUUUUCUAAUGACCAGAACAUGUUUUUGAGAAAGAUCUAGACAUUUCCUAAUGUAUAUUCUCUUGUUUUUUCUAUAUUAAUGGUAGGCCUACAUUAAAUUGUAAGAUAUGGGAUUGAGAAACUGAACAUCACUUUUGGUCACUUUAACAGGCCUACCAGAAACUAUUCUCUCUGUUUCAUGUGUGUGUUUUGUUAAUAAUAUAUCACAUAAUGCUGCAUAUGUUUCCUGUGAUGUUUUGUCAGUUACACAUCAUGUUAGUAUAUUACUAUCACUUGUGCAUAUAAAUACCAAUACACCACAAAAACUGUGUUGUUAAUUUGUAUUUGAUAAUCAAUAAUAUUAUCAAACCAAAGGUUUUGGUGUGCUCUUGUGCUUUAUUUCUCUUCUACUUUAUCAUUAAGAUGCCAGCAUUCCUGGAAAUGAGCAUAGUAAGAUUGCUUAAGCCACUGCAACCUUUACCUGAGGGAAGGUCACCUGACUAAGGCCCAUUACAGGUUCAAUGAUCCGGAUCUCGGUUCUCCACUGGGCCUGCGUCCUGUCACUCACUCCUGCCCUUCACCUUUAUGCGGACACGUUCAUAAAGCUUCAGCUCGCUGGUACUUUCUUCUGUUAACUUAAUAAACCACUGCUGGACUAAGUUUUUUUCCAUGGCAGAGAACAAGCCGUACCGCUAUGGGCUCAUCGUUCUGGGGAUGGCGUUUGUGGCGUUGGGUCUGUUCAUGAUUUCCGUAGAAAAGCCACAGGUGUUUGCAACAUUCUGCGCUGCGGGAGUGAUAAUGGUGGUCACUGGGUCGGUCUGGUCAGUUUGUCAGUGUUACCCCAGGGUGACUGUUAUACUGCCAGAGAAGGAAGAGCUCUUUCGGGCUGAAAAACAAGACUUGAGUGCUGGAAGCUCAGAUGAAAAAAGUCCAACAAAACCAAUUAAAGCUCCCUUGGCUGGCUUCUGUGAUGAUGAAGUAGAAAUAUCAGCUGAUCCAAAACGCCACAUGGAUAACAAAAACAGUGAGCGUGUCAUCGUCCUCCACACAUGUCGAAGUUCACCCAGUGUUCUGGCCUGCUCCAGCACUCCACUGACGGACAGAAGAGCUCCACGACCAGACUCCAACCGAGAAAUGUACUAUGGGAAAGUGGAGGACUCGUGUUACUACACAUCUGAGCUGGAGAGUGAAUAGCUCCUGCUGAUCCUAAUGUCCAAAUCAACACCUCCAUUUAAAGGAGAACUCCACUUACAGAACAACAAUUUACAAAUAAUUUACUCGCCCCCUUGUCAUCCACGAUUUUGAUGUCUUGCUUUCUUUAGUCGUAAAGAAAUAAUGUUUUUUGAGCAAAACAUUUCAGCAUUUUUCUCCAUAUAAUGGACUGAUAUGGUGCCCCGAUUUUGAACUUCCAAAAUGCAGUUUAAAUACG